ACUUCAAACCUUCCAAUAUGUCAACUUCAAACUUUGAUUUGAAUCAAUUAGUAAUUCAAAUUGAGUUUCCAGACUUGAUAUUUUUUGCAAAAUGUUUUCCUCUCCUAAAUUGAUUUUGAAUUAACGAGAAAUUAAAGUAUUUUACAUAUUCUCUAAAACUUCGUUCAUUCAUUUUAUGAGCAUCUGAAUCUGAAAUGAAUAAAAAUUUUUUCAGGAUGUGGAAGGAGCUUACUUUGAAUGCCUCAACAGACGACAGCAGAUACCGAGUGUGGGAUUACCCAAUAAGAGAACAGUACGGUCAUAUCUUAUUGGCCAUAAAUGAUUCCAAUCCAGUCGAAAAUGCGGAGGAAGGAUUUCGAAAAGUUAACGAGCAUUUGGAUGCGGAUUAUGCUUUCAUUCAUGAUUCUAGUGAAAUAAAAUACAGAAUCAGCAAGAACUGCAAUUUAACCGAAGUUGGUGAAGUAUUUGCCGAAAAGCCAUAUGCCGUAGCUGUACAACAGGGAAGCCAUCUACAGGACGCUAUAAGUAAAACGAUUUUACUGCUGCAGAAAGACAGAUUCUUUGACCAAUUGCAUGGCAAAUAUUGGAAUAAUUCUGCUAAGGGUCACUGUCCUAAUACAGACGAUAAUGAGGGAAUUACUUUGGAGAGCUUAGGUGGCGUGUUCAUUGCUACACUGUUCGGUUUGGCUUUGGCAAUGAUAACUCUGGCUGGAGAGGUAUUAUAUUACAGAAGAAAACGACAGCAUAAUCAAGAAAAUAAACAACCCCAGUCAAUUCGUUUUCUCAGACAAAAUCCAUAUCCACUUGAAAGUAAUAUGAUCACCAUAGGAAGCACAUUCAUACCAGUCAACUCCGACAAGACAAUCGAAAGAGAGCGCCAUGAAAUUAAAAUGUCUUAUGUUACAUUGUAUCCACUUGCAAGACCUCGUGUGUCUCCCUCUGCUAAAUAUUAGUUUAUUUGUAAUAGUUCGCACUUAGGAAGCAUAUUAGAUACAUACCAUCUGAAAUUAAAGUUGACUAAGAA